UCUGACAGGAAGACGCAACCGGCUUUUCUACCUGUGAUAUUUUUGCUAGAGAUGAAGCAGACGGAAGCGUUGUGAGUAUGGCGUCUUAUUUCAAACAAAAUUUGGACUUGACAGACUCAGAUACUUUGCUUGAAUGCAUGCAAACGUUUAGUAAAAGAAAAGAGAAAUCGCUAAACGCGCAAGAAUUUGAUGCUAUGGCGAGAACACUUCUGACAGAUGAAAACAAUAAACCGAAUGAAUUACCUGUAACGGUGUCUGCCGAAUUGUUUACUAUUUUUGACAGAAAUAGAGAACGGAAGAUUAAAGAGGAGGAAUUCCAAGCAGUUUGGGACAGUUGGAUUAAACUAUUACUCCAUCCAGUAAGUGCUCUUAUAAUAAUUGAUGUUCAAAAUGACUUUAUAGAUGGAUCUCUGGCGUUGAAAAAUUGUCCAGCAAAACAGGAUGGUUCGGAAGUUGUACCCGUUAUAAAUGACAUGUUGCAAACUAAUAACUUUGGUGCUGUAGUUUAUUCUUUAGAUUUCCAUCCUGAAAAUCACAUAUCAUUCUUUGAGAACUUAAAAUUGUAUAAAUUGGCAGAGAAUUUUAAACCUGAAGAAGUUGCCCUUUUUGAUACUGUUGUGUUCAAAGAUCCAGUAGUAAUUAAACAGAAAUUAUGGCCUAGACAUUGCGUUGAAAAUUCGUGGGGUAGCAAACUGCAUGAAGAUUUAAAAAUAGAGGAAGAUGCAAUAUUCAUUUACAAAGGAAGAAACUCUGGAAUCGACAGUUAUUCUGCAUUUCGGGACAAUGUGAAGCAAUCUACCACAAAUCUGAACCAAGAACUUAAAAAUCGGGGAAUUACGCACGUGUUUAUUUGCGGUCUUGCUUUGGACUUCUGUGUAGCAUACACAGCGCUGGAUGCUUUAGAACUAGGGUAUGCUACAGUGGUUGUGGAAAACGCAACAAGAGGUACAGAUAACAACAUUAUUGAGAAAAUGAAAAGGAAAUUAUUAGCGAAACAUUGUGUUAUAACCUCAUCUGAUAACCUAGAACAUUUACUCAAAGGUAAAAAUAUUAAAACAGAAUUUGCUAUUAGUUUAGGCAAACGUUUUGAAAGAGAAUCAGGAAAGGAAAAUAAAUAA